GGCAUGGCGGGCAAGCACUUUCCUAAGUGUUCUGCUUAACCUGCUUUAGAUCAGGAUCCAAAGUUCAUGCUUUCUUUUACUGUAAAUGACCCUUACUGUAAAAUGUGCCGGUCCCACAACUUGUGUACGAUUUUAAGGAAACAGAAGAGAAGCUACAACAAAUUGGUGAGAAGAAAUGGUGAGAACUGUGGUGCCAACCUCCGUGAGUCAAGCAUCUCUCAGGAGAACUUAUCUCGCUGGAACUUGGAUUCAGAAGAACACAGUCCUGAAAAUAAACUCCCCUCACCUGGAAGGGAUUGUGCAGCAGGUGGUAAGGUCCUGGAUAGUAAUUUGGAAAGUCCAGUCCAACAACUGAUCCUAGAACCUACUUCGUCAGAGCAUGUGCACAAGAGAACACAGAAUAGUAAACAAGAGAUAUUUCCAAUAUGGAGUUAUCCGCUUAAAAAAAGAAGUGUCAUGGAGAACAGGGAACUAAUAAAAUCUUCAGUGGAAACUGGCUUAAAUGUAAGCAACAAUUCCAUACGACUCUUCACGCUAAGCCCGUCUUUGUCAAGUUCUCCAGCUGAGGAGCAAGCUGCUUGUUAUCAUCCUGAACUGCCAGUGUCGGCAGGUCUCUGCUGGCCCUAUGCUGACGGAGACUUUUUUAAGGACAAGUAUGAGUUUCAUAUGAAUUCAGGUUCAACUGUAGAAAAUAACAACAGUGACACUUUAUCUGUUCCAAAUUGGAAUCUGAAAUAUGGAAACAGCAACAUGGAAGAAAAUUUAACAGAUGAGAGUGACUUAUCAGAAAGUGAGAAAGUGAAUGAUACUUUACUCGGCUAUUUUAAAAAGAUGGACCUCAACUUAAAGCCAGAAACAAUAGAAAGUUUUGAGGAAUCUUUCACAGAGGAAUCAAAUGAAGUAUUUCUAUAUUCUGAUUUCCUCCCUUCUCCUUUAAACACUCUGGACUUGCACAAAUUUGCUCUUUCAAAAUGUGAAAAUUGGAAAGCGACAAUGGAACCUGUAGAAAGCUCUAUUGAGCACCUGAUAAUUCGUUUACUGGAACUAGAAAGGUUACAACACAUAACUAUACAGAAAGAGAAGCCAAGACUACAAACAAGUUUCUGUACUCCUGUAGUUUCCGAGCGACCCUCUUCCUCCAAAGCUGUAUCGAUAAUGAGACAGACAAAAUGUCCUGACUCUUCGAGUCUUCAGAUAACUUAUGCAGAGAAAAGUCGAGAAAAGAGAAAAAAUAAUUCUGUUUCUAGCAAGCCUGAACAAAAUGCUUCAAAAUGGAAUUGGAACAAUGCUGGCAAAUACAAAGGAACUUCUAGACCAUCUCUAAAAAGCUCAUCCUCCACAAAACAGUUGAUUGCAACUUAUGACGAUUUUAAGAAUCCCAAGAGUUCCAUUUUAAAUCCAUGCCAGGAAAUCUUACCCAAACCCACUACUGCCCAAACAACUCAAUCACUGGUUAAAAUGGCCUCAAAAAGAUGUCUACCACCAAGGUCUCCAAUACCAGUUUCACCUGUACCUCUGUCUUUUCCUGAAAAACAGAGAGAUGAAAUUAAGGCACUAAGGACCAAAAAGAAACUUUACCGAAAAACUAUACUGAUGAAUAGACCAUUCUAUAUCCAGAAACUAAACUGUUUGUCACCUUCAUUUAUAAUUAAAGAUAAGUGCUCACCCAUUGACCAAAAAUAACUUUUCUUCCUACAUCCCGUGUGAACAAAUCUGUUCCAAGAAGCCCAGCUAAAAUAUAGUUCAUCAUUGAGAUAUAUUGGUAUUAAAAACAAAACCACCACACAAAACAAUGGCAUGAUAUGAUAUGGAGUGGAACUUGUGAAAGUCACGGCUGAGAUGUCCAUAUAUAAAUCUAAGGGCUUCUACACUGCCAUACUUGACAAUCUUUUGUAUGUUGUUUCAAAUAAAUAUUUUAGUUAA